UGAUUACAAUUUGAGACGUUUUUAACGUUUUGAUUGAUUUGAGUCAACGAUUGUUGCAAUCAAUUGUCAACUGAUUUAUUGAAUGAAGUGAUAAUCAAUUGAGUGAUCGGUCGACACAUUAACUUGUGGUCAGCGAUGGGUAACUCUUCGUCAUUAAAGUCUCAUAUGUCUAACGCCGAGAGGACCGGUGUUUUUCAGUUAAGUCGGACUAAUAUCACUGAAUUCCCCACAGAUUUAAUCAAAUUAAGUGCUAAUCUAAGGACUCUGGACUUGUCAUACAAUAAACUUAAGACUAUUCCUCCACUUAUCGGUCAAUUUAAUAAUCUUAAGUCAUUGUCAUUAAACAAUAACCGAUUGGUAUCAAUACCACCAGAGAUUAGCAAUUUAAUGAAACUGGAAGUACUGUCUUUGAGUAACAAUAUUAUUAAACAGUUGCCACAAUCGAUGUCCAAACUAAUAAACUUACGAUCGGUUCAAUUGUCUGGCAAUGAGUUGACAGCAUUUCCCACUGUCUUCUCUAAUCUCAAGCAUUUAGAUGUCAUAGACUUGUCUCACAAUAAAAUUACUGAAAUCACUGAAGAAGUUAAAUACCUUAAUGUUUCUGAACUAAAUCUAAAUCAAAACCAGAUAUCAGUUAUCAGUGAAUCAAUAGCCGAGUGUCCAAAGCUUAAGAUAUUGAGAUUAGACGAAAACUGUUUACAACUAUCGGCUAUCACUGAUAACAUACUGAAGAACUCAAAGAUAUCGCUGUUGGCCGUCGACGGCAACCUCUUUGAACUCAAGGAUUUACAUCAUAUGAAUGGCUAUGAAGCCUAUCAGGAAAGGUAUACCGCAACUAAAAAGAAGAUAAUGUGAUGACAAACAAAACAAUUUUAUUAUUUAUGUUAUUUAAAAUUUUAAUCAUUCAAUUCAUU